CAAGCAGCAGGAGCCGACCGAGGAAGCUCCAGUCUGACUCUCAUUGUGUGUGUGUGUGUGAGGAGAGACGGAGGCAGGCACCGGAGCUCCUGUAAAACCUCCUGCCCACGCAACUUUCCCACCAGGGUUCCCCCCUCCACCACACACACUGAGUCAACCCCCCUCUUCUUGCAGCAUCCCCAGCCCCUGGAAUCAGGACCCCCUACCCCAUUUCCACCCCUUACUCCUGGAGGUCACUUUUAUUUUUGUGCACAAGUUGCUACAUCUUUGGAGGAAGAAAGAAGCCAUAGAAGGAAACUGGGGUCAGAUCGUCCCCAGGGGAGAGUUGGGGGGAAAUCCCUAAUUUUUAACCCAACUCCCUCCCCGUUUUUUGCAUUUGGUAGGUUAUUUUUUGCGGGGGGAGAAGCAUCUGGAAUUUCAGGUGUUGGGAGCAAAGGGGUUUGUUGGAAAAUCGUCCCCCCCCCUCAUUUCAGGGGAGUUUGGGAAACUUUUGAAUGGGAGGAAAGAUUUCAAUCUGGGAAAAGAAACCCUGAAAUCCUCCCCCCUUUGCAGGGAAUUUUGGGGAUCCCUCCACCCUGGGAUCCGCCCCCCAUGGAUUUUUCUGGGGUUGUAAGUUUCGCCCCUUCGCUGUUUUAAUUUUGGAUUGUUUCAAGUCGCCACCGACCAGCGCGCGCGUGUCCUCCACCCUGAACCAGAGCUAAAGGGGGGGAUUCCUGUGGUGGAGGGGGCCGCAAAGCAGAGGGAGCUGGGGGGGCAAUGCCUUCCGUGAUGGAAAAAUCCGGCCCAGCCUCCGGGAUCCUGUCGAGGAGCCGGGCGAAAUCGGCCACCAAUGGCAAUCAUCAGACCUCGGAGGAUGAGAGCAGCGAAGAAGAGCAUUCGCAUGACAGCAUGAUUCGGGUGGGGGCAGAUUACCAAGCUGUGAUCCCUGAGUGCAAGCCAGAAAGCCCCGCUCGCUACAGCAACAAGGAGCUGAAGGGGAUGCUGGUCUGGUCGCCCAACCACUGCGUGUCAGAUGCCAAAUUGGACAAAUACAUUGCAAUGGCCAAGGACAAGCAUGGCUACAACAUUGAGCAGGCCCUGGGGAUGCUGCUGUGGCACAAGCAUGAUGUGGAGAAGUCUCUGGCUGACCUGGCCAACUUCACGCCCUUUCCAGACGAGUGGACGGUGGAGGACAAGGUGCUAUUCGAGCAGGCGUUCAGCUUCCAUGGCAAGAGCUUCGCGCGCAUCCAGCAGAUGCUCCCCGACAAGCUGAUCCCCAGCCUGGUGAAGUAUUACUACUCCUGGAAGAAGACAAGGAGCCGCACGAGUGUCAUGGACCGACAGGCCCGCCGGCUGCUCAGCAAGAAGGAGAGAGAUGACAGUAACGACGAGAUGGAGGAGGGACGGGCAGCCAGCGAGGGGGAGUUUGAUGCCAUGGACCCCAAGAAGGAGCCAAGCUACCAGAAGCUGCCGAGCAGCCGGCCGGGCCCAGGAUCGGGCUCAGGGCCUGUGAGGAAGGAGGCGCAGCUGUCGCAGUAUCGGCACCACCCACUGCGCUCACGCCGGCGCCCCCCCAAGGGCAUGUACCUGAGCCAGGAUGACAUCGCUGGUAUAUCGGCCAGCCCUGACGUGGGCACCCUGGCACUGCGCCACCUCGACUCACAGCUCGUCUCCCUCAAGCGCCAGGUCCAGUGCAUCAAGCAGAUCAACAGCAGCAUGAAGCAGGCCCUGGAGGGUGGGAUCGACAAGCUGCGGCCCCCCGAGGGGAACGGCAAGUUCAACUCACGCUGGACAACAGAUGAGCAGCUGCUGGCUGUGCAGGCCAUCCGCAGGUAUGGUAAGGAUUUCCAGGCCGUGGCUGGGGUGAUCGGCAACAAGACGCUGGCCCAGGUGAAAACCUUCUUCGUCAGCUACCGGCGCCGCUUCAACCUGGAGGAGGUGCUGCAGGAGUGGGAGGCUGAGCAGGGGGGGAUCCCCAAGGGGCCGCUCCCGCCCCAUGACACCAAGAGCUCCAGUGUCUCACUGGCCAGCAGUGAGGACGACGAUGAGGUGCAGAUCACAGCCGUGUCCCGCUCUGCCCAGCAGCAGCCGCAGCCCCCAGCGUCCAGUGCAGCAGCUCUGCCCUCUGCCUCCCCCCGGCUGCCACCCACCACGCUGUCGCAGCCUCCCCCCUUGCUGCGGCCCACGCUGCCCACAGCACCCACGCUGCACCGCCAGCCACCCCCCCUCCAGCAGGGUCGCUUCCUGCAGCCCAGACUGUCGCCCAACCAGCCACCCCCGCCACUCAUCCGGCCUGCUGCCUCCCGCAACCAUGGGCGGGGGCCCCAGCACCCCUCCUCACUGGUGGGCGUGGCUCUGGAGCCCCCUCCCCCGUCCUCCAGCUCCCUCUGAGUUGUGGGGGGAGGAGGACAGCUGAAGUCCCCUGCUUCCUUAGUGCCCUGGAUCCUGCUUGGUUAAGGGGUCAGGGCCUUCAUCUACCCGAUAGUGACACACUAGGGGUCGCUCUAGGACACCCCCCCCCCCAGGGGAGGGG